AGUCGGCGCCCAUAGCAGGACGCCCUCGCGAGGGGCGGGAGUGCGGGGAGGUGGGUGUGCGGGCGGCGCGCUCGCCCUCCAGCUGCAGCCCGCGCCGAGCGCGCAGGGCCAGCGAGCGCCGGCGCCUCCAGCAUGGAGUGGGAACUCAACUUGCUGCUCUACCUGGCGCUCUUCUUCUUCCUGCUCUUCUUACUUUUCCUCCUGCUCUUCGUGGUCAUCAAGCAGCUGAAGAACUCCGUGGCCAACACGGCCGGGGCGCUCCAGCCCGGGCGCCUCUCGGUGCACCGCGAGCCUUGGGGCUUCUCCCGAGAGCAAGCGGUGUGACCCGAGUGCGGGCACUGGCGGGAGGGCACCGAGCUGCGCGGGCGCUGAGCUGGGUCUCCGCCUGGAUUCUCCGUCCUCGCGGCCUCCUAGCUUCCAGAGCCGAGCUGCUGCCCUUGACUGGUUCACAGAGGACCACAGCUGCAGUGACAGUUUGGGCCUGCAAAAAGACCGCUGGAACAACGGGAGAUGGAAGCUUUCUGCAAAUGGUGUUCAUAAUGGCUUCAGAUCUUAUCAGGACAAUCUUGGUUGUUGCACUAAUUUCCGAACUUGGCACAGCUGUAGAUGCAGAACUGAUGCCAUCUGGUGCGAUUCUACAGAAUAAGAGAGAAAAUUUACCCAGAGUGUGCCAUGCACUGGCUUUUCUGGGAAUGGCAAGGUGCCAGGAUUUGUUUUUGGUUCGCUUGCAGGGGUGGAAACUUGGAACUAGGUUCCAAGAUGGUCCCCACAGCUCCCCACCAGAAGAAGGAGGAAGCCCACAGAGAAAAUGGGGCAUGCCAUUUCAAAUCCACUUCCUUUUAAAGAGCUUCCUCAGCAGCCCAAUAACUUUGGCCUUCAUCUCACUGGCCAGAACUGUGUCAUUGGCUACUGCUAUCUGCAAGAUUGUCUGAGAAAUGUAGUUUUUGUAGCUGGAUAUAUAACUGCCUUUGACAAAAAUCCAGUUUCUCUUGAUGAGGAAGAAGAUGGUGGUGGAUCUUGGGAGGACAGCUAACAUUUUAUGCCCUGGCUACAAAAUACAGUUGCAGAGGAGCAUAAAGUUCAAAAAGAUCAAAACUCCAGUUCUUUCACAACUGUCAAAGCUCCAAGCAGCACUGCUCCCCUCUGACAGAGUGAGCAGAGUGAAGGCAU